UGUUGCAGUGUGCUGAAUAUUUAUGCAUCUAAUUUACUAUCUAAUUUUGUUGUGCACGUGAAGGGUAUUUACUUUGAAAAUGGCUGGGAUCUGGAGCAGAUACAUGAGGAUGUUAGAAAAAUACCCAUUGUUGACAACGGCUGGCACAACAGGUGUUUUGGCCUCUACAGGUGACGUUGCAAGUCAGAUGAUAAUAGAAAAAAGAGGACGGAAUUAUGAUCCUGUGCGAAGUGCCCGCUUUCUGGUAUUUGGAUGUGUGUGUCUGGGUCCCAUUUUGCGUGGCUGGUAUUUUGUCUUAGACAAAGCCUUCAGAGGCAGUAGACUGGCUCCCAUCAAGAUGGUUUUGGCAGAUCAGCUGCUGUUUGCUCCAAAUAUUUUGUGGAUCUUCCUGACGGGUAUGGCUGCACUUCGUGGAGAGAGUGUUGAACAAAUCAAAACAAUGCUGAAGCGGGACUAUAAAUCCGUCCUUCUGAAUAACUAUAAGUUAUGGCCAGCCGCUCAGAUCAUCAACUUUUACUUUAUGCCUCUCCAUCACAGGGUGCUGUUUGUGAACUUCGUGGCGCUGGGAUGGAACACCUACCUGGCGUGGGUAUCGGAGCGCCAUCAUCCCUAAAUGUUCACAGCUGACCGGGACUGCAGGGUACACCCACAUGUGUUCAGUUUAGUUUCUUUGCAUUUUGAAAAAAAAUUGUUUUAACUGAGUGAAGUUAGUUGAAUAUAGUUUUGUAUCACUUUAGAAUAGGUUGUUAUAUUUGCAUAAUAUGUCAUAAUAAAAUAAAUCCUACAUUUUCACCAAUCCCGUCCCCCCUCCCUUUUUUUUAAUUGGUAAAACAAAUUUAAAUUCUCUAUACUAUUUGCAAUGUCCUGAAAAUUUAAAAUUAAAAUUUCACCCCUGUCCCAAUUCAAAAAGAAAUUGUUGGAUUAAAAUCGAGCAUUUAUUUGCUUUUAAUUUUCAUACAUAAUUUGCAUUUUUAUAGUAUUAUAAUCAUGUUCUAAGGUCACCAUAUUUAAUAUGUUCUUAUAAUUUAUUACCCCAUUGGGCACUCGUAACCGGGAAAAUAAAAAUCGUAAUUUCUGGUGUAAUGUACAAGUAUAGGUUACAAGGUAUUAAGAUGUUUCUUCAGAAAUAAGAAGGGGCGGAGUGAAGCGGAGCCUGUUCUUAUUUCUGAAUAAAUGUCUUAAGCGUUCUAACCGAUUUAGAUGGCAUUCUAUAGGUUCAUUACUUGAUAUGGGCAGGGCAAGUGUCAUUGCAUGUUCGUGCCAGUUGUUUUGACGUCAUUUGUACAGCUCUUGGCGAUGAUGUCUGGCCAAUUGUGUCCAAGUAAUUUUGGUCACGUGACUUGUUAUUAAGACGGCUUUUUGGAGUGUCUUCGUGAUUAAGAUGAUCGAAAUGCUGAUAUCCCAUUGGUUGAAUUGGAGAGAAACUGAGGAAAUGUCAUCUAAUAUCAUUCGACAAUUUAUAGUACUUAUAAACCAAUGACUUUGUCGGUACUAAAUAUGAAGACCUUACGAUUUGGCAAACGUCUGUCAGUUUUUAUUGUUAAAUUUGUAAUAAAACAUUAUUUUAAUACAAUUCAUUGCAGAUUUUUUUUGACAAAAUGAAUUUUUUGAAAAUGAUCUGUGUUUAUGAAUAAAAUCAGGGGUCACCAUUCCCAUUGCCAAAUUAGCCAAUUGUUAAUUUUAAUACAAAGUGGCUACAACAUUUAGUCUUUGGCUCAAAAAAUAUUCAUUAAAUUAACCAUAUUUUAAUAAUUUUUUAGGAAAUACAUAAUAUAUUCUUUUUAUUCCUAAUAUAUGGUAUUGAUGAUACUGAAACACACGAGGGUAAUAAUGUCUUUAUCAUGUAAUCACAAGCUUAAUACAACAUGUUUUUGUAAACUGCACACACAGCUUUAAUUCCAGUUCAGCAUUAUUAGAUAUUCAAAUGACGUAAGAAUGUGACGCAGUGUCUUUUUGAAUGGAAAUGGUAUCAAACUUCAAUGAUGUCAUGUUGGAUGUCCUUACAUAUAAAUAAACUAGUGCUUAACGGUUUUUGUUUUUUGAACGCUGAACAGCCAUCAGUGUAAAAUUGCUUUUGAAAUGUUUUUGUUUGAUGACUGAAUGCACACGUUAAUUAUUGAGGGUCACCGUAGAACGUUUGCUUAAAUGUCUAUAAACGUAGUGCCAUGACCUCAAUUAAUUUACAUCUCAUUUGCAAACUUAAAGUAUGUAAUAUGAAAAAUAUCAAAUACUUUGUACUGAAAAUGUAAGAUAUUAUAUGAUAAAUACAUGUUUGAAAAAUGGCUAAACCAAUACGAAGUUAAUGCAAUACAGAAUUGUGUAUAUAGUUGUUUCCAUCAUUUCUAUAUAGGCCUACAUGUACAAGUGUGGAUAUCGGAAAUAAAAGGUUGUUAGACAGAAAAAUA